UAUUAUAAGUACUUUUGAGGUAUUCUUGUGACGCACCACCAAAUAUUUUAGGUACUAUCGCCGCAAAAGAUAUUUUGAUUUUACUUUAAUGUAAAUGGUAUGUUCUGUGUGUAGUACGCUUGUCAACUAUCAUAUUAGUAAAAAGAAGACAAAUUUUAGGUUAUGUUUAGAGCAUUUUAAACGCCGCCGUAACGUUUUAUAAAAUAUAAGUAUUGUAAGACCACUUACACCGAAUUAAAAUGAAGCUAGUACGUUUUUUGAUGAAAUUAAGUCACGAAACCGUGAGUAUGGAACUCAAAAAUGGCACCCAAAUCCACGGUACAAUAACGGGUGUAGACGUAGCAAUGAAUACCCACUUAAAAGCUGUGAAACUAACUCCCAAGAAUCGUCCAGCAGUAAAUUUAGACACAUUAACUAUAAGAGGCAAUAAUAUUAGAUAUUUCAUACUACCAGAUAGUUUACCACUUGAAACUCUUCUUAUCGACGAUACUCCUAAGGCAAAAGCUAAGAAGAAGGAGUCUGCUCGAGGAGCAGCUAGAGGUAGAGGAAGAGGACGUGGUAGAGGUGGUCCUAGAGGAAGAGGUAGAGGCAGAGGUCGUCGAUAAGGAAAUGAAAUAUAAUUAUCUACAACUGUAUACAGUUAAAGACUUAUUUUCUAUGACUAGGUUUAAUAAGUGUUUGAAAACAUUCUCUUAAUAGAAAUAAAUUUUUCAUAUUAUGAGUCCUAUGGGAUUUGUGAAUUUUUUAAAGUUUUUAAAUAAAAACUUUGUAAUUAUUGUCAAUGUGUUAAUCAAGGUGAAUAUUUUGUUUCCCAUAGUAUAGUAAUAGAAAUGGUAACAUGAUAGUGACUUAAUUAUUUGAUUUUUUAUUAAUAAACACCACUAUAGAGGAAUGUUUUAUGAUAUUACAAUCUGAUCAGAACGAAA